CUUGGAGUUUAGGGAAUAGGAAUACCUAUAGGAAAGCUGGAUAUGUAUGUUGCUGCUGCUGGCAUAAACCCUUAAAGAUGAAAGAGGCACUAUCGGCAAUGACAUGUACAUGUGAUUUUAAGCAAGAACCAGGAGAGUGAGAGUUUAUUGUGCCGUGUUUAGAAUUUGCCGAUAUCUUUUUCCCGUUCAAGCAAGUAUUCCUGAUAGUGGGGAUUUUUCAAGUAAUGCUAGAUAUUGGUUCUAACAACGAGAAGUUACUUAAUGAUCCUCUUUGAUUUAUUGGAGUUGAGGAGUCCCACAAUCUUUAUGUUCUGUUGGUUUCUCCAUCACUUGUUCAAGGCUGUUCAAUUGGAGUUCCAUCUUCAGGUUGACAUGAUUGUCUUGACAGAUGGACGUCGUAUUCUUGGCCUCGGUGACCUUCGAGUUCAGGGAAUAGGAAUACCUAGAUUGGAGGGAGAAGAGUAUCUAUCAAUUGUUGAUGAUUUUAUGGAAGUCGUGCAUACAUGUUGGCCUAAAGCUAUUGUUCAGUUUGAGGAUUUUCAAAUGAAAUGGGCUUUUGAAACAUUACAAUGUUAUCGUAAGAGGUUCUGCAUGUUCAACGAUGACAUACAAGGAACUGCUGCUGUUGCUCUCGUUGGACUAUUGGGAACUGUAAGAGCUCAAGGGCUGCCAUUGAGUGAUUUUGUUAACGAAAAGAUAGUAGUGGUAGGGGCUGGAAGUGCAGGGCUCGGUGUUCUUAACAUGACUAUUCAGGUUGUUUCGAGAAUGGCAGGGAACAAUGAUUCUAGUACAAGAAAUCAAUUUUUUUUUCUAAUAGACAAAGAUGUAAGAAUCUUUUUCAAACUUUCAUUUCUCAAUUUCUGCAUCAGUCUGUCCAAGUUUUUCCUUCCAUGAGAGUUACUGAUUUCAUAAACCAAUCAGAUGGGGUUCGAAAUUUGGAUAGCUUUAUUAUGGGUUAAUUUGUAUGACGCAGUUUCUUGUGAAAAGUAUGAGGCAGUUGAAGAAGUUAAAUGACUUGUGGUGGUAGUAAUCAGUGUCAAACUCAUGUGGUUUUUAACAUAAAAAGAAAGAGGGAAAAUAUGAACUUAGUCCUAUGCAGAUUAGUGUUUUA